AUCAUUACUACAACCACAAUUGUGAUCCACACCAAACCACAUUCACGUAUAUUGCACUCUCACCUUUUUAAGCUAAGAAUAUGUCUCAAAUCCAGAGGUUCGGACCAUACGGUGACCAAGAGGCCGUAGAAAACUUUUCGUUGAAACUCGAAGGAUCUGAUCGAAUCAAAGAAGUAAUUGUUAGGGCAGGAUUCGUUGUGGAUGCAAUCGGUCUCACCAUUACUAGCGCCAAUGGGGAUUCUGAAACUACCAUGUUUGGUGGCAAUGGCGGACUUGAAAACAAGAUUAAGCUCCAAAUUGGUGAAUACAUAACUGGAAUAAGUGGGAUUGCUAAGGAUUCCUUCAUAUCCCAAAUGAGGAUCCAUACUACUUUGCAUCCUCGUGGACACGGGCCAUAUGGAAACAAUCAACUUAAUGGCGGUUGCGAAUUCAAAUCUCCAAUGCCAUUAGCUCAAAAUGAUCGUUUUGUUGGAUUAUUUGGAACCGCUCAUGAGAACCUAGUUUCCGUUGGACUCUAUGUUGAAAAGGGAUGCCAAUGUUGAAGACUUGAAGUUUGAGGCAGUUGUGGAGGCUGCCAUAUAAUGUGUUCUCUCUCUUUUUAAGUUUGUGUUGCAUUAAAUAAGCCACAUGCCUCGAUCUAAGUGGCAAGUCAAGUGAUCAAUGUAAUUGUAAACUUGACAUAGUGUAUUAUAUUCAUCUAUGUUCGACUCUUGUUUGAUCAAUAUAAUAUAUUUACUUUCUACCUAA